AUGAAGAUUCUGGCAUUGCUGUGGACGGUAUGUUUGGUAAGAUUGUGUUACGGUGGAGAUGAUGGCAAGGUAGAUACCUCCUUAUUUGAUGUAGAAGAAGGACAAGAGAAUGGUAUCAAGAUUCUCAGGUUGACUGUAAAGAGUGGCACCUCUACCAACAAGCUUCUUUUUGAUGGUCAGACAGUUUGGGAAGAAAAGAAUAAACCAUGCUCUUCAGCAGUACUGUACAUGGACAAAGGUGGACCUACUCUGGCUGUUAUAAAGACUAUAGGUAUUAAGAGUGGUGCUGAAUUUACAGUCUACAAGUACUAUAAUGGUAAAAAAUGGAAGAAGGGUAAUGAGAGUAAUCAUAAGAAGAAACUCAAGGAACUGCAAGAUGCCGCUAGACCAAAAGAAUCUACAGAAACAGUCGGAGAUAAUGUAGAAGAAAAGGCUAAACCUGCUAACAAACCAGGAGAUGUUCCAGCUAGAAGAGAUCCAGUGAAGACCGUUCAACAUACUCCUCAGGCACCUAGCACUAAUAAACCUGAUACUGAGGACUCCCCAGUUGUCCAACAGAAUCUUUAUACACCUACUCAACAAGCUGUUAAACCUGUAACAGCCUCAUCUGUACAGGUUGACAGUACUCCCAUUACUCUUGAUCUUGCAAACCCUGACCAGUCAAAGGCGGAUAUUCUCAGAGCUAGUAGGAAUGAAGUAGAGAAGAGAGGUACUAGAGAUGACGAUAAUGGACCUUAUGGUGGAUCUAAAGAGAAUCUGAGGAACCCAAAUAAACCAUCUGGGCAGUCUGUAGCUAGCCCACAAGUUAAAAGAGGCGUUGAACAAUCUACUAACGAAGCCUCUCCAGAAGUAACUCAGGAUGCUACCACCCGUCAAUCUACUCCUACUAGUGAGGAAUCUCGAGUUCCCCAGCCAACUGGACAACCUACCAUUACUACUCCCAUUACUUUAGACCUUACCAAACCUGAUGAAACAAAGGUAAAUAUGGACAUAAAAGAUAGUAAUGGAGUAGUAUUCAGUGAAAUUACCCCUAAGGAUGGUGUCCUCAUAUCUUCUGUUGUAGAAGGUCGGACCUCUGUAUGGAGAGCAUCUGGAAAGGAAGAGUUUGUAUUCGUAAAGCAUCAUAAAAAGGGAGACUCUAUUCUCCUUACAAUACUUUUAAAGGAUGAUAAUGGAUAUACCGAUAAGUACUUUAAAAAGGCUGAUGGUAAAUGGAAUGAGAUAAAGCAGGAUGAAUUUAAUGGUAAACUUGCGACACUUAUGGGAGAAGUUUUAGACCUUUCUAACCCAGAUACCUCCAAGAUACUUGUGCAUACAGAAACGGAAUCCGGAGUAUCCUUCCAGGGGUAUUAUCCAAAGGAUACUUCCAAGAUUACAUCCGUAGUUGAUGCUGGCAAGGAACUAUGGACCGGUGGAGCCAAUGAUCGUUGUCUUUCUUGUCUUAUAUAUAAGAAGGGGUCUAUGGAAUUACUUAAGAUGGUUGUAGUGGAAAGAUUAUCAAUGGGAUGGAAGUGCUUCGAGAAGAGUGAUGGAGAAUGGAAAGAUCUCACUAGGGAUGACUUUUUAAAUAAGCUUAAUGAAAUGAGAAAGUCUGUAUCAUCAUCUCCCGAUCCUUCUACUACUACUCCAUCUCAAUCUCCUCAGUAG